CAGAAGACGGGGUUAUGAGAUCCACCUGGCAGGGGAAGGCCGGUCGCAGCCCACUCCAGGCCCUGUACAAGAGUGACCAGUUUGAGCAGUCGUCACUGCAGGUCGUUCACCAGCAGAGACGGGAGCUGUUGAGCAACAUCUGCAACCGUUACACCCGCAAGCGGCGUCUCCUGCGGCCGGAUGACUUGCGGCACUUGGUGGUGGAUGACACACACGGGCUGCUCUACUGCUAUGUGCCCAAAGUGGCCUGCACUAACUGGAAGCGGGUGAUGAUGGUCCUGACAGGGCAAGGCAAGUACCGGGACCCACUGGAAAUCCCCGCCAACGAGGCCCACGUCUCAUCCAACCUGCGCACCCUCUCCGAGUACAGCAUCCCCGAGAUCAACCACCGCCUGCGCAGCUACCUCAAGUUCAUCUUCGUGCGGGAGCCCUUUGAGCGCCUGGUCUCGGCGUACCGCAACAAGUUCACCCGCAGCUACAACACGGCCUUCCACAAGCGCUAUGGGACCAAGAUCAUCCGGCGACACCGGCAGGAGCCCAGCGACAAGGCCCUGGAGCGCGGGGAUGACGUGCGCUUUGAGGAGUUCGUCUACUACCUGCUGGAUCCACGGACGCAGCGGGAGGAGCCCUUCAACGAGCACUGGGAGCGGGUGCACUCGCUCUGCCACCCCUGCAUCGUCCACUACGAUGUGGUGGGCAAGUACGAGACCUUGGCCGAAGAUGCCAACUACAUCCUGCAGCUGGUUGGGGCUGACACGAGCAUCAAGUUCCCAUCUUCAUCCAAGACCACCAGGACGACAGACGACAUGACGGCCCAGUUCUUCCAGGACAUUAGCCCUUUCUACCAAAGGAGACUCUUUAAUUUAUAUAAAAUGGACUACUUGCUCUUCAAUUACUCCAUCCCCUCGUACCUCCGCAUCCGAUGA